AUUAGUGCAAGUCAAGCUCGAGUUAGUCCCUCCACAUCAUACACACCAAGUCGCCACAAGAGGAGCUAUGAAGAAGAUGAGGACAUGGACCUACAUCCAUCUAAACAGAAAGAGCAACAUAUAGGCAGUGGAGGUGAUAGCCACGGAUGUGUGGAGCCGAAGAGAUUAGAAACAGAGGCUUCUGCAGGUCACCAUCUCAUUUCUCCCAACUGCUCCCCUCCACUUGACUUAAAUUUUCCGUUGCCAGGAGAGAAGGGACCAGCGUGUCUUGUCAAGGUCUAUGAGAGCUGGGAUAGCUUCAAAGUCAACGAUGUUCUGGAGGUAUAUGGGAUUUUGUCUGUGGAUCCGGUGCUGAGCAUAGUGAACAGUGAAGAGAGGGACAGCUCAACCCUGGAUCCUGUGGAGUGCAUGGACACGGCAGAAGAACAGAGAGUGCACAGUCCUCCUGCCUCCUUAGUGCCCAGAAUCCAUGUGAUUUUGGCCCAGAAAUUACAGCACAUUAACCCAUUGCUGCCUGCAUGCCUUAAUGAAGAGGAGAGUAAAACCUUUGUUUCGAAUUUCAUGUCUGAGCUGUCACCAGUGAGAGCAGAGCUGCUUGGGUUCCUCACCCACGCCCUCUUGGGAGACAGUUUGGCUGCCGAAUACCUUAUACUGCAUCUCAUCUCUACAGUUUAUGCGAGACGAGAUGUGCUUCCUCUGGGAAAAUUCACAGUCAACUUGAGCGGAUGUCCAAGAGACAGCAUCUUCACAGAGCACAUAUACCGCAUCAUCCAGCAGCUCGUUCCAGCAUCCUAUCGCCUGCAGAUGACCAUUGAAAACAUGAACCACUCACGAUUUAACCCACGCAAAGACUACGCAGCGAAUCGCUUGGUCAGUGGAGUAUUGCAGCUGGCCAGCAACACUUCCCUUGUAGUGGAUGAGACUCAUCUGGAGCAGGGACAGCUUGACACAACAGGUGUGCAUAAUGUGACUGCGCUGGGUAAUCUGAUCACUUGGCAGAAGGUGGAUUAUGACUUCAAUUACCACCAGAUGGAAUUCCCAUGCAACAUUAAUGUUCUUAUCACUUCAGAGGGCCGAUCGCUCCUACCGUCAGAUUGCCAAGUCCACUUGCAACCACAGAUAAUUCCACCAAACAUGGAAGAGUACAUGAGCAGCCUCCUAACAGCAGUGCUGCCUUCUGUGCUGAACAAAUUCCGGAUUUAUCUAAGUCUGCUGAGGCUGCUGGACUACAGUAUAUCUGAUGAAGUGACCAAGGCGGUAGAAGAGGACUUCGUAGAAAUGCGCAAGAAUGACCCUGAGAGCAUAACGGCCGAUGAUCUGCACCGAACUCUGCUCGUAGCGAGGUUCCUGUCCCUCAGCGCGGGGCAGACAACGCUGUCGAGAGAGAGGUGGCUGAGAGCAAAGCAACUGGAGACGUUACGUAAAGCCAGACUUCAGCAGCAAAAAUGUGUUAACGGGAACGAACUUUAAUAUUCGGUGGAUGUUGCUAUGAAAACUUGUCUAAUCCUAGAUGGAACCAUGCUAAGAUUGGAAUAUUGUUUAUACCAGUUUUUGUAGAUAAUUUAUACCAAGACAUUGUGGAUAUUUACCCUUGCAGUCUGAACGCGCUUAACUCUGUUCAGCAAGUUAAACGUAUUUUAUGGAAUUUUUUUGGAGCCUGUUUUGUAAUCAAAAAUUGGUAACAAUGAGCAAAUUGUUUGAUAUUAAACUUUAAUACUGAA